GAAUAGAGGCUGAAGGAUUUACGCUAUAUUCAUCUGGUGACUCUCAGUCACAAAUUCUCGCGCCCCUAAGUAUUAGUCACGAUGGAUACGAAGAUGAUGAAGCUGAAGAUACUUACAUGUUACCGUUGCCCUUGCAAAAUUCAGAAGUUAGCAUGGAAUUGUUACCUACUGGAAUAGAGGCUAAAGGAUUUACGCUAUAUUCAUCUGGUAACUCUCAGUCACAAAUUCUCGCGCCCCUAAGUAUUAGUCACGAUGGAUACGAAGAUGAUGAAGGUAAAACUUAUUUAACUCCUAUACUAUUACGUUCUGAUACUAUAAAUGGAUCCGAAAAUUCAUUAAACAUGAGUAAUAAUUCCGGUGUAACAAUUAUUACAAUCGAAGAUACUUACAUACCACUGUCGCCCUCGCAAAAUUCAGAAUCACAAAUUCUCAUGCCCCUAAGUAUUAGUCACGAUGGAUAUGAAGAUGAUGAAGGUAGAACUUAUUUAACUCCUAUACUAUCACGUUCUGAUGCUAUGGAUGUACCUAUGAGUCCUACAAUUUCUUCGAUUUAUGCACAUUCAGAACACUCGGAAAGAAUACCAUUUUUGAUCAAAAUGAUCGAUCUUUUAUUGAUGAUUAUAUGUUAUACAAGCUCGAUAAUCGAUGCUUGGCAAAACCGAAUUGGUACCAUUUGGAGGAUCCCUCCUAUCUCACUUUCCGGUUAUUGCAAAUUUGCCUGCUUAACACAUUAA